CAGAAGAGCUGGGCCCAGCCCAGCAGGAAACCUGGUUGAAAGUCCUACGGUCGCUGCCUCUCCUUGGGUCUCUGACUGUGGCUCCCUGGCAGGAACACAGGGACGUGACGUGGCAGGUGACUCGGCUGCUCCUCUUGGCAGUGGUGCCAGCUGCAGGAGGCUGCCAGCCCAGGAUUCCAUGGGCCAGGACGGACACUCUAAGCCCCACAGGACAAAGGAGGCUGUGUGACCAGUCUCCUAGGCCACUAAACCUCGGCCGGCUGUGCCUGGAAGAAGGCAAGGCGGUGUAAGCAGAGCAGCAGCUUCAGCCAGUCCCAGAGCCGCCUCCUCUCCCAGCCCAGGGAAUCUAGAGGAGGAGACUGAGGCCCAGAAGAGCGUGGCCUGCCCAGGGUUCAACUGCAAGAUGGUGGCCAUCCUGGAGCAGAACCCCGGACUCUCACCCAUCAGCCCAGCGCUGAGUUCUUAGUUCUCCUACUGGAAGAGGGGGUGAACACUGGUGGUGGAUGUCACAGCUGGACUCAGAUCUGGAGGAGCCGGAUCUGCAGACUCUCCCGGUGCUCCGGAAAAGACAGAUUUCCCUGGGCCGGCCCCUGAGAUUAAUGAGAGCUGACAUGGCCCACUUGAUGACAACACAGCUGUUGCUCCUGGUGUGGGUGGCCACAUGGGGGGCCCAGACCAGUACUACUCGGGCCAGGACCGAUCUUCUCAAUGUCUGCAUGGAUGCCAAGCACCACAAGGAUAAGCCAAGCCCUGAGGACAAGUUGCAUGAGCAGUGCAGUCCCUGGAAGAAGAACUCUUGCUGUUCUGCCAACACCAGCCAGGAAGCCCAUAAGAAUAUUUCCAACUUGUACAGAUUCAACUGGGACCACUGUGGGGAGAUGGAGCCCGCCUGCAAGCGGCACUUCAUCCAGGACACGUGCCUCUAUGAGUGCUCCCCCAACUUGGGGCCCUGGAUCCAACAGGUGGACCAAAGCUGGCGCAAAGAGCGGAUCCUCGAUGUGCCACUGUGCAAGGAGGACUGCCAGCGCUGGUGGGAGGACUGCAAGACCUCCCUGACCUGCAAAUCCAACUGGCACAAGGGCUGGAACUGGGAAAAAGGGUAUAACAAGUGCCCCACGGAUGCUGCCUGCCACCCCUUCCCCUUCUACUUCCCCACACCUGCUGACCUGUGCCAGGAAAUCUGGAGUCACUCCUACAAAGUCAGCAACUACAGCCGAGGGAGUGGCCGCUGCAUCCAGAUGUGGUUUGACCCAGCCCAGGGCAACCCCAAUGAGGAGGUGGCCAGGUUCUAUGCUGAGGCCAUGAGUUCAGUUGGGCUCGGUGGGGCCGGACCUCUCCUGAUCAGCCUGGCCCCUGUGCUGCUCUGGCUGCUCCAGUGAGCUCCUUUUAUCAUCUGAUACCUGGGCAUCCCUACCCUGCUGAGCAAAUUCAGUUCCUACUCCACGGUGGGGCCUUGGGCAGCCAUUUAAAUAAACCAGGCAUUCUA